AUGGAACGUGGAGACGACGUUGUGGGCGCCGCAUUUAGACAGGCGUGCCAGCAUGGCGACCUAGCGGCGGUGCAGGAUUUUCUUCGUCACGGGUGUGCCCUGGAGAGCGCCCCCUGUGAGGGCUGCACCGGGCUCUGGCUGGCAGCGGAGGCUGGCCGCACGGAGGUGGUGGCCUUCUUGUGCUCAAAGGGAGCCAACACAAACGUUGCGAGGUCUCCUGGCGGUGCCACUGCGCUGUUUGUGGCGUCGCAGAAUGGCCACACCGCCGUGGCGCGGUUGCUGCUGCAAUUUGGCGCGGAUCCCAACCUGGGCAGAGACACGGGUGCCACGCCCGUCUUUAUCGCGGCGCAGCAGGGGCACCUUGACCUUGUACGGCUGCUUCUCGAUGGCGGAGGAAACCCCGCAACUCCUAAUUAUCAGGGUGUGUCGCCCAUCAUGGUGGCGGCCCAUCAGGGAAACUUUGACUGCGUUCAGCUGCUGCGAGGGAAAGGGUGUGAUCCAUGCGAAGUCGCGAUGGGGCGAAAUAAGAUGGAGUGGGCCGAAGCGAAGGGCCAUGGAAAGGAUAUUGCCCAUGCGGUGAUGCAGGGGGCAGUUACCCACCCGGGUUUGGAGAUAUCGGAGGGCAAAAUCCCACGGUGUACGGCUGCUGCCGGCGGCGGGAAUGACAGCAGUGGAUGGAAUGAGCAAGAGGAUGGGGCACUCUCCACGCUGGGACGCAUGGAGUCUGAAACGGGAGAGGGAGAAAAUGGUCGGCAAGAAGACUCUACCUUUUCGCUUUCCAAGCCCCGCACGGGGGGCAUUUAUGAGCCACAGUACCUGUUGCGUGGACGCCACCCUGCGAGCUCGUUAAGUGCCGUGUCACAGAACCCCAGCAGAGAGGCAGUACAAGGUGAGCGGGAGAGGAGUAAGGCGCCGGAAGUGUCUUCCCGUGGUGGUGUUGCAUUCCGAGCUUCAGUGGGCCGACUCAAGUUCCUGGUGAGGCGUGAGGAGGAAGAAAAUGAGUCCUUUAGGGCGAGACAGCGAGGGAUGCUUCAGACGCAUCACCCCCGGCGGGUGGCUGCGGAGCCCCCGCCCAUAGACGCACAGGAGAUCGAGGCAAGGUGGGAAGUAUGGAAGCGAACUCUAUACGAGAAACUAAGGUAG